UCAUGGCCCAUUUCUGGGUGUACCUCGUGGCACAAUGAGAAGGCAGAAAUCUAUAGACAGCAGAAUCACUCUGUCAGGUAUAACAGAGGAAGAGAGACAAUUUUUGGCUCCUCCGAUGCUAAAGUUUACUAGAAGUUUAUCCAUGCCAGAUGCCUCAGAAGAUAUUCCACCCCCUCCAGCAACAUUGCCUCCAUCACCACCUCCUCCUUCAUCUCCAUCACCAUUCAAUACGCCUAAGUCUCCUGCUCCUCGAGGAUAUGGAACCAUUAAACCAACAUUCAACCAGAAUGCAGGAACAAAGUCCCCCUCUCCAGCUGUACGGUCAGAUAACGUAGGAACAAUAAUGAGAGACAAGGGC